AUGAGCAAAAUCUCACCUUAUUUUGUCGAAUGGCUAUUAAAAUGGGUGGAGGAGGAGUUGGAUUUGAAGGUGAUUAUUUCUCGGUUUUUGCGGUAUCAUCCUAUUAACGAAUUUGGGCCUUUCUUUGAGAGUAUAGGAUUGAAACCUAGUGAGUAUAGUCCUUUUCUUCCUCGCAAUUUGAUGUUCUUGAGUGACGAUAAUUUGUUGCUAGAGAACUAUUAUGUUUUGUGUAAUUAUGUUGUUGAGAGAAAAAAUAUAGGGAAGAUCUAUAAGGAGGCAAGGAACAUUUUUCGAUAUGAUUUUGGAGUUUUGUCAUUGAAGCUUCAAGCUUAUGAGAAACUGGGGAUUGGUCAGAGUAUUAUUGGUAAAGUCGUCGUCUAUAGUCCUUAUAUCUUGAUUGGGGAUGUAAAUAUGGAGUUUGUUAAGGUGUUAGAGACAUUGAAGAGUAUAGGGGUUAAAAUCAGUUUGAUUGAGGAGCACUCGAUGGACCAGAAUUCUUAUAAUUGGAGUAAAAUGCUUAGGCUUUUAAGCUUAUUUAGCGAGAUGGGAUUGUGUGAGGAGCAGUUAAGUAAAUUAAUCCAGCGACAUCCAGGACUGCUCUUGGAGGUUUCAGGGGAUGGAGCACUUACUCUGAUAGGACUUUUAUUAAAAUUUGGGUCUACUCUGGAUGAAGUUCGUUUGACUUUACUGCAGUCCCCACAAAUUCCAGUGGGAAGAUUUUUUACAAAUUUGAAGGAAUGCUUUAUGUUCUUUUAUGAGAUUGACAUGGAGAUGGAUGAGAUUGGUAAGAUUUUCCGAUCUCAUUCCAUGUUGCUGCGUACAUGUACUUUAAAGAAAACUAGUAGCAUUUUUCACUUGUUGAAUGUUGGGAAGAAGCGACUUUGUGAAUGCAUCCAGGGGAAUCCCAACAAUCUGAAAAAUGUAGUUAGGGGUUCAAAAGUUGAACGAUUACCAAGGUCACGAGACAGAGAAAGAUCGAUAAUGGUGAAGACUAAGUUCUUGGAGGACGUGGGAUUAAUACAGAAUCCAUAUAGAAAAGAUGUUUCUGAAAUGAUUAGAGUGUCCCCUGAAAUUCUUAACCAGAAAAAGAAUGUCAUUGAAGCAAAAAUCGAUUUUCUUGUGCAUGAUUUGGGUUAUCCCAUAUCAUCUUUAUUGCCAUUCCCAUCAUAUCUAAACUAUUCAAUGCAGAGGAUCAAGCUUAGUUUAUCGACGUAUAAUUGGCUUACAGAACAACGAAAGGUGGAACCUAUGUUUGCCUUUAGUACUCUCAUUACAUCCUCGGAUAACACAUUCAUGAAGCAUUUUGUAAAUCAGCAUCUGGAAGGCCCUCGAGUUUGGCAGGUGAAGAAACAAAUUUAUUCUGAGCAGAGUAGAAGUCUGUUCUUGUGGUUUGUACUUCCUUGGGUUCUGCCAUUCAAUGAUCCAAUUAGGGGUUCAAAAGUUGAACGAUUACCGAGGUCAAGAGACAGAGAAAGAUCUCUAAUGGUGAAGGCUAAGUUCUUGGAGGAUGUGGGAUUGAUACAGAAUCCAUGUGCAACGGAAAGAACAGUCAAGGCUUUUCGAGGCAGAUGA